AUGAAGGAUAGGAUGUUCACGGAAAAUGAUGUGAAGAACAUCUUUGCUCUCUUCCCCCCACAACAAACUUCCGAUUUUGUUCCACGGCUUGCGUUGUCUUCCAGCGGUCAUGGAUUCGCUACACUUCAAUUUGUUCAAGCUCAGUUCAGAAGUCGUGUAACAAAAGAGACGCAGCGGAUAUCGCUAUCUGCACUGGCUAGUGAUCUUGAUAUAGAUCAGCUACUUGUCCAUCAACUCGUCAGGAACCAUCCCAGACUAUGCAUACUCAGUGCGAAUGAGGAAAGCAUCAUUCCCAUAGACGAACGAGAUGCGAUAGGGAAAAAAGCCAUUGAUUUGUUGUCCGGCGGACUUGUGUUCAAGGCCGACUUCGUUGCGCAACAGGACGUCUCCCCCAAGAGUCUUGAUUUCCUCUUAUCUGACCAAAACGAUGAAGUCCUGGAAACCAACGGCUAUGUUUACACUAGGCUCUACGCUGAUCGGACUGUGGAGACUGUCAAAAGCAUGGUGAGAAAGGCACUCAACGAUAUUCAGACUGUUACUAUCAAACCAGAAGACUUGUCUAAUAACCCUCCAACAUGGUUCAUUCUCCAAACUCUUGAGAAAGCCAUGCAGUCAGAAGAUUUCGCCUCCAAGAUCAACGUCCAAGAAAAUACCAAUAGCGUAUCAUGUACACCCAAGCAAUACCUAGAAACCAAACGCGAUACCACGGUACAAGACCUACAGUCCGGCGCGCUUGCCUACCUCGAUUUGCAAAAGUUCGCAUCCGAAUUUCCCGAGCUAUUUCCAACCUAUCAAGACGUAUCAUCUCACUUCCAGCAGCUCUCGGGCAUCGACAUAAUCGAGUCAUUCGCCGUAUCACAAACCUGGAUCUCAAAUGUAGAGCAAGAUUGCGUACAAAUCCUCGAACAAGAAGGCUGUACCCUUGACGUCACCGAAGUGAUUGGCUCACGCCUUCCACCAAGCAUACUAGACACGGUGGCUGCCAGAGCCAAAGACUCCAUCGUCGCCCACUUUUCAGAAAAUAGUGAAGGGCUAAAGAUAGUGCGAAUUGGUCCCUUAAUCCUCACGGAAACACGACGAGACGGAGCGCUCGACGAACUCGCUGGCUACGCAAAGCAAGACGCAAAAGCACAAUGGCGAAAUUUACAAGACGAUCCGACUCGAGCAGAAAACAUCAAGUUCACCCGAGACAGAAUCAAGGCCAUGAUUCCCCCAACAGGCCUCGUACAGCGCCUUCUCUUCGACCAGAGACCCGUCGAGAAGACGCUAGAAGAAGACUUCUGGUCUACCAUAUCCGCCUACGAAGCACCCAACGAAGAGGACUUUGCCACAUACUGGACAGACCGCCUCCUCACCCGCUACACCAUCUACAACUCCAGCUUAACCUCAAUCACCGACCAGAAACUCCACGACCAGCUCGCAGAGCUCCUCGCCACUUAUACACACAAAGACCUGAUUUCAGAUACCAUUGCCAAGGCACGAGCACAGGGUCUAGUCCUCAGUCGCAAAACUCGGAAAAACCUCGCGAGGCUGUCAAGCAUAGUAGACGCUACCAAGAACCCGGAUACCACAUCCAUAUCCUCUGCACUAGACAGGUUCAACAAGAAGCAAAAUAUUGCUCCGCCGUCUGCGGAUUCCUUGUCUGCGGCCAAGCAAAGCAUGUUAGACGACAUGUUGCGCCGUUUACAGAAGCAGAAAGCUUCAGACGGGCCUGUGCUUUUCUUGACAUUGGUUAUUGUGCUCUUUGCAAAGCAGAGAGGCGGUAUGGUGUAUGCGACGGGCAAGUUUGCGCCCAAGUUGUUGAAGUUGCUCAAGGGAGUGUUGGGGGAAGAGCAGUUUGCGAAGGUGGAGGGGUGGAAGGAAGCUGCUAAGAGUAAUACGUUGAGUGCGGAGGACAGGAGAGACAUGGCUGAGAUGGCUAGUAGAGAAGGCUCAUGA